AUUUUGUGUUGUUUUGAGUAAUAAGUAACUAUUUUGCUGUCACUUGAAGAAAGGACCCAUUUCUAUCAUUCAAAAUUGAUUGCUUCAUCUGGUCCUUUGAAUGCUCCAGGAGACCUAUAAAUUCUCACACUUUGAGACUUCACUUACAACUUUCUCAGCAACUCCUGAAUUCCCACACAGUCUCUCUAAGCAGGUUUGUGUCGUGUUAUUGGUCCAUAAUGGGGUUGCCAGCGGGAUUGAUUUUGGCCCUAAUUCUACAGAUUUUUCCAGGAAGCACUUCAGGAACAAUUGCCUCCAGCUGUGACUCUUGUCAUGAGGAAGCCACCUGCCUACAGACGAAAGAAAGAGGCGACUCCUUCACCAGCCAGGCGUACUCUUGUGUGUGUCAAAAUGGUUUUGUAGGCGACGGGCUCACCUGCUACGAUGCAAAGCUCUGCAGCGACUCCUCUUGCUGUAGCCAAGGUUAUCAAUGGUCAGCUGAAAGUGGCUGUGUGGACACAGACGAGUGCUCCCUCCCAGAGACACCCUGCACCCAACAUCAGGCUUGCCAAAACACCCCAGGCUCCUUCGCAUGCCUGGAACCUUCCUCCCAAUCUCUCCUGCACAGAUGUGAAAGCUCUUCUUGUCCUAGUGGCCAGGACUGCAUCGAUGAUCGUGGCAAUCGCUGUGCUGACCCCUGUGAUCACUUCACCGAACUGAAUGAUGAGUGGCCAACUAAUAACACAGCGUUUAAGCAACCACGCUGUGACAAAAAUAUUCGAUGGAAAGGCUGGUAUCGCAUGCUUCUGGGCAAAAACAGUGCUCAACUUCCAGAAAGAUGUUUAAGUACCAGCACGUGUGGAACUGAUGGUCCCAUGUGGAUGUCAAACCCUCAUCCCACACAAUCAGAGGGGAUUGUAAAUCGCGAGGUGUGUGCUUCCCACGAUGAUGACUGCUGUAGAUAUAACUCAGACAUCCAGGUCAAGCUUUGCCCUGGAAACUUCUACGUCUACAAACUUGUGAGGCCAUACACAUGCUACCUCGCAUACUGUGCAGAGGUGAAGACAGCCCCUGAAGUUAUAACAACCACACCUGAACCGGUAACUGAGUACCUCACCGAUGAACCUGACACAACACCUGAGUCCUUCAGUCCCACUGAGGGACCCAAUCAGCCCUCUCAGCUGAUGUGUGGUCGUGAUAAGAUUCAAGUAGGGUUAAAUGUGGACAGCCUUACAUCCUCUGGUUUGAACCCUCUCUCUGGAAACCUGGCAACACUCAACUGCUCCCGGUUCACAGUGCGUGAUAAUGUAGUGUGGUAUGAAGUGGAGACCAGAGCCGGUGUCUGUGGAAACACAUUGAAGACCAACAGCACACAUGCCAUCUACUCCAAUAGUUUGUUCAUCUACCCGAAGAGCAACUCAUCCUUCGUCCAUCCUCUGAGUCUGCCCUUCUCCUGCACGUUUCCCCUGGACACAGACAGCAGCAUGGACGUGGCUGUCAGACCAUUCCUGGAGCUGAAAGGUGGUAUUUCAGGCCCUGGUUCCAGAGCAAUGGCCUCCAUGUCUCUGUUCCACGACUCCAGCUUCUCAGAGAAGUACCCUGCAGACCUGGUCACCCUGCCGGUCGGCUCCCCGCUUUACGUGGGCGUCUCGGUGGAGGAGACAGAUCCAAGCUUUGCGGUUGUUCUGGAGGACUGCUACGCCACGCACUCAUCAAACCCUCACAACUCAGAGCAGUACCCUCUCAUCCACAACAAGUGUCCUGCUGACCGCAGACAGGUGUCCGUGGUGGAGAGCGGCUCUUCUCUCCGGGCUCGUUUCUCUUCCCUGUUCUUCCUGCUGCAGCACGAGUACAGAGACCUUUACCUUCACUGCAGCCUCAGCCUGUGUGACCGGAGGAGCAGCUCCUGUGUUCCACCCUGCACACAUAGGAACUAUCGCUCUGUUUCCAACUCUGAGCAUCUGGAUACCCUCACCGUUGGACCAAUCCUCUGGGAGAAGGCACUCGAGUGAGCUGAUAACAUACUGUGACAUCAUUUUGUUUCAAGAUGUUUUUACAAGAUUACUAGAACUGGUGUAACAUUGUAUAAUGAAUCUUAACAUACUUUGAAUCGAUCAUUGGUUAUAUUUCCUUUGUAAUGAUUUUGUCAUUCAUUUUUGUAGGGGUGAUUAUAAGGGCUGGCUGAUCUUUCAUCAUGUUAUUGGUCAUUUUAUAUCUGGAUAAUGAUAU